AUGUAUCUCGUUACCACGGGUGCUGUGUUCCCGCCUACGUCGUUGCAUUUCGGGCCGUUGUUUGCGGAGACGUUUUCUGAGAAGGAAGCGAUUCUGGCAAGGGGAUUGGAGAUUGCGAGUGAUAUUGCGGAGAAUGUGAGUCCGUUGGCAGGGGCGUUGAAUCGCGGGCUUUUGUGGAGGGGACUUGAUUCGCCAGAGGAGACGCAUUUGUUGGAGUCGGGGAUUUUGUAUCAUAUGUUUCGAGGGAGGGACCAGAGAGAGGGUGUUGGCGCGUUCUUGGAGAAGAGGACGCCGAAUUUCAGGGCGACUCUGGAGGAGGAUGGUCCCCGAGAGUAUCCCUGGUGGUCCGAGGUUGACAUUAAUCCGAAGGCUAAAGGUGAGUCCAAACUGUAA